UUUAGUCCUUGGUCAACAUUGUGCAACUUUAUCUUACAUUUUAACACGUUAUCAAUACAAUUUUCACUUAAAAAUAACAGUGUAAGUGUGUCACAACAACUUGAACAAUAUUGUGAACAAUCUCGAUUAAUAUCUGCAAGAUGCGGUUGGUAGACGGGUCGAAACUUUUAGAACUUCAAAACACACCUGUGAAUAUUCGAAAUAUUUGCAUCGUGGCGCACGUGGACCAUGGGAAAACAACUCUGGCGGAUUCCUUGAUAUCCAGCAAUGGUAUCAUAUCGCAGAGAAUGUCGGGAAAGCUUCGUUACAUGGACAGCCGGCCCGAUGAGCAGGAACGUGGUAUAACUAUGAAGAGCAGCAGUAUUGCUUUGUAUCACGCUGUGCAGAAGCAGGAAUACCUCGUGAACCUCAUAGAUUCACCUGGGCACGUUGAUUUCUCUAGUGAAGUGUCCACAGCUGUGAGACUUUGUGACGGAGCUAUUGUUGUUGUGGACGUAGUAGAAGGAGUAUGCCCACAAACCAGGCUAGCACUGAAGCAGACUUAUUCGGAAAACAUCCAAGCUGUGCUAGUUCUCAACAAAAUUGACCGACUUAUACUAGAAAUGCAGAUGACUCCUCUGGAUGCAUAUGUGCAUCUCACACAGGUCAUGGAGCAGGUUAAUGCGGUUAUGGGAGAGCUGUUUGCGAGUGAAGUGUUGGCAAAUGAGGAAACUAAGAUUGAUAAGCAGGAAACAAAAGAAAAACCCAAGGAAGACAAUAAUUUUUAUGAUUGGACCUCUGCUUUAGAGGACGCCGAUGAUUCUAAUCUAUUCUUUUCUCCGGAACAAGGCAAUGUUGUAUUUGCAAGUGCUAUUGACGGUUGGGGAUUCACUGUCCAUACAUUUGCUCGACUUUUCUCUGAAAAAUUAGGUGUGAAAGAAGAAAUACUCAGAAAAGUUUUAUGGGGUGAUUUCUACUUGAAUUCAAAAACAAAACGGUUCAUGAAGGGAGCUCAAGAAAAGGCGAAAAAGCCGCUUUUUGUCCAAGUAGUGCUAGACAACUUAUGGAAUGUUUAUGAAACUAUUGUCAUGAGAAACGAAAAGGAAAAAGUACCAGUUAUCUGUGAGAAACUUGGUAUCAAACUUACUACAAGAGAUCUGAGGCACACAGACAGUAGAAUUCAACUACAGUCACUAAUGAUGCAGUGGCUGCCCUUGUCUCAAACUGUAUUAAAUAUGGUUUGUACAAAGCUACCCUCCCCUAAACAAAUUGGCCUAGAAAAAGUUGAAAAACUCAUGUGCACUAAAAUCUUUGACUUCGAGUCUUUGCAUCCUCAAACGCAAGAGCUAAGAAACGAUUUCUUAGCGUGUGACAGUAGCUCUGGAAGACCUGUUAUAGUGUACAUUUCUAAAAUGUUUAGCGUAGACAAAAGUGUGCUUCCGGAAAAUAAGCCAAAGGCUUUGACUGCUGAAGAAAUGGCUCUAAGGAGAGAAAGAGCCAGACAGAUGAGAGAGCAGAUGAAAUUGAAUGAGGUAAAUUCAGAAGCAAUACCUAUGACAGAAGAACAAAAAAAUGAAAAUACUGAUGAAAAAAAGUAUGAAGAUGAAAAAGAAGAAAAUCAACUUGCAUUUAUAGCAUUCGCUAGGGUAUUUAGCGGUAGAUUAAGAAAAGGAGAUAAAGUGUAUGUUUUAGGACCAAAACAUGACCCGUCCAGAAUACUUAACAUAAAAGACUAUGUAGUAGACCCUAAUAAGAAAUUGAAAGACCUGAAGAGUGAUGAACAUAUCACAUGCACAGAGAUUAAAUCCUUGUAUAUUUUGAUGGGAAGAGAAUUAGAAGAAAUUGAUGAAGCAGUUGCUGGUAACAUUGUUGGAAUCGGUGGUCUAGAAGAGCAUGUCCUUAAAACCGCGACCCUGAGCACUACAGUCGCUUGCCCAGCGUUCAGCGAGCUACAAUCCGCUGCUGUUCCCAUACUGAGGGUGGCCUUGGAACCUGCGAAUCCUUCGCAGCUCCCGCAGUUGGUUAAAGGGUUGAAACUGCUAAAUCAGUCAGACUCGUGCGUCCAAGUUUUGCUGCAAGAGACAGGAGAACACGUCAUAGUCACCGCUGGUGAAGUCCAUCUGGAGAGGUGUUUAGAAGACUUGAAAAACGACUACGCAAAAAUACCAAUAACAGUAUCAGAACCCAUCGUGCCCUUCAGAGAAACCAUUAUUGAACCACCCAAAAUAGACAUGGCCAACGAAGAAAUAGAUUCCCAAAACAUAGACAAGGGAAACGAUACCGAUGUAGACCCGGUGAUCACUGUGCUGACUAAUAAUAAACAAAGUAGGAUAAAGAUUAGGGCCAGACCUCUACCCAACGAAAUAACAGCCCUACUAGACAAAUCUACAGACUUACUUAAAGCCAUAUCACAGCAUAUCAAAUCGUUGCAAGGUUCAACGAAGAACGAAAACAUCGAAAAUAAAUUAGAAAACUUAAAUCUAAACGGCACUCACGAGCUGUCAGAUCGUAUGUUAAAACUUAUAGAAACAUUUAUAGACAAACUGAAAAAUAUUAGCUCAAAAUUGGGACCAGAAUGGAUCAACGUGGCUGAGCAAAUCUGGUCUGUGGGCCCAAGGAAUUGCGGACCAAACCUCCUCCUUAAUCAAACAUCGGAUUACAAUACUAAAUUCUUGUACCACAAGAAUGAAUUGAAAGAAGAUCCUCGGUUCGAGUAUGAGAGCAGUUUUGUGAAUGGAUUCCAACUGGCGAGUUUGGCUGGUCCAUUGUGUGAGGAGCCUAUGAUGGGGGUUGCUUUUUGUGUUGAAGAAUGGAGUUUGGAUAAAAGUGUGGCUGAUGAUGUUGGACACACUUUCGGACCACUUUCAGGUCAAAUCAUGUCAGCGGUAAAAGACGGGUGCAGAAAGGCGUUCCAAGUGCAACCUCAACGUCUGAUGGCAGCCAUGUACUCCUGUGACAUCGUCGUCGACCAGAAAGUAUUAGGAAAACUUUACGCGGCGUUAGGCCGUCGUGGAGGGCGAGUCGUUGGCAGCGACCUGCAGACCGGCUCUGCAUCUUUCCGCGUGCAGGCGCUGAUGCCUGUGGCUGAGAGCUUCAAGUUCGCCAUGGAGCUCAGGACUCACACCUCGGGUCUGGCUGCGCCACAACUCUUGUUCAGCCAUUGGGAGGUGAUAGAAAUCGAUCCCUUCUGGCGUCCCCGCACGGAGGAGGAGUACCUGCAGUGGGGGGAGAAGUGGGACGGCGUGAACCGCGCCAAGGCGUACAUGGACGCCGUGCGCGCGCGCAAGGGGCUCGCCACCGACAGGCACCUCGUGCAGCACGCCGAGAAGCAGCGGACGCUCUCCAAGAAGAAAUAGAACUGGCGUAUACUUGUAAUCAGAUGUCGUUUCAUCUGUGGCUUGUCAAAAAUAAAAUAUUUUUUUUGCGCAAUCCCAAAACUACUUAGCCGUAUAAAACGAUAUUUUUUGAUGUUAAAAUAUAUUUCAGACAGGUACAGUAAGUUUAUUUGCAAAAUUAUAGGUACCAUAAAUGUAUAUACUUACACCAUAUCGUGGUAACCCAGCGAAAUAAGACUACCAUCUGUGUAAAUUUAGUGUAGAUACCUACUGUCACAACGAAAUAAGACAUCUCCAUAGUCUAGCUAGAAUCAUCUACCAAGUAUCGAUAUUUGACGAUAAAAUAGACACUUAAAUACUUAACACCUUGGUGGACAUUAUCGCCUAUAGGCGUAAUCCCAUUGUUCUUUCUAUUGUGUCUGGAGUAGUGUCCUGCAAGGUGUUAAACAGUAAACUCUUAUCUUACUUGUAUAUUAAUGUUUUGUUCCAGCGAUCUGUAUAAAUGGUUUACGUUUUCUCGUGUAAUGUUAUACAACCAAUACGAUCAGGUAUUCAAUUAUUCAUCUUCUUAAUGCAUUUACAAGCCCUCCUUACCCCGUUUAUAGACGUAAUUCUUUGUAAAAAAAAAAGAAAAGCAAUUUAGGCCUCUCUAAUGUAUUGU